AGUGGAGCGGAUCACCACUCCAAGAUGGCGGCCCCACUUCUCGUCAGCGCCAGUAGACGAGACGGCCAUUUCCAUUUUGGAGUUCGGCCAAUCGUGACGUCACUUCCUUUUCCGGUUCCAGUUGCGAGCCGACGAGAAGGAGAAAAAAAGUGGAGAUGCACGCUGCCACACACGCCCAGCGUGUCCUGUCCACCUUGAACCAGCAGAGGGCGGCGGGGAGUUUCUGCGACACCCUGCUGAAAGUGUCGGACGGCGCCAUCUACGCCGCCCACCGCGGCGUCCUGGCCUGCUUCAGCCGCGCCUUCCAGGGCGCAGACAUGUCCGCCGCCAAAGAGCUGAGCCUCCAGGAGUGCUGCGGCGAGGGACUGGAGGUCCUGCUGGACUUUGUCUACACGGGACAACUCAAGCUGGACCCCGCCGUCCUGGACAAGGUGCAGAGCGCGGCGGCGAGUCUGUGCGUCCCCGAGGCGCUGGCGCUGUGUCAGCGGUUCCGGGACACGCCCGCGGACGCUCCUCUCAAGCGGGGGCGAGGCAGGCCCAGAAAGACGGAGACGGACGUCUUUUCGGAGGAUAAAACGCCGACCGUCGCCAAAGAGGAGUGCGGCUCGGACGUGCUUGCAGGAGGCGGGAACGCGCUCGCCACCACCCGCUCUGGUCGGGUGGUCAAAGGUCCCAGGCGGCUGAUGGCGGACGAGGACGAUGGAGCCCCGCCUCCUUUUUGCCAUGACAUGGCUGAGCAGACGACGGGUGAAAGUCAGGCCAGCGAGCCGCCGAGCGACACCGACGCGGGCGAGGACUUUGACGCAGCCGUCCCGGACUCCGACGAGGAGUACGUUCCCGUCCGCCAGUCCGGUCCCGGCGAGGCACCGUCCCCGCGGGAGACCAACGGCGACAAUGGCGACGCGGCGGGGGACGAGUCCAGCAGUUCUGUGCAGUGUCCCGUCUGCCGCAAAGUGUUCAAGAGCAAAUACUACCUCAAAGUCCACAACAGACGACACACCGGAGAGAAACCCUUUGGUUGCCAGAAAUGCGGGAAGCGUUACUUCCGGAAGGAGAAUCUGAUGAUCCACGAGGUCAGACAUUGCACCACACCACAGACGUACGCAUGUCCCACAUGCUCGACCACCUUCCCAGGCAAAGAGGAGCUGCGUGCACACGUGGUUUCACACACGGGACAGACGCCCUACAAGUGCUCAACGUGCGCCGAACACUUCAUGUACAAGAAGAACCUGACGGCUCACAUGAUGAAGGUCCACGGACACCCCAAACCACACGCUUGCCCUCAGUGUCCCAAAACCUUCCUAACGCGCUCGGAGCUGCGCGUGCACGAGGCGUCCAAGCAUCGCGGCGAGAAGCCCUUUGUGUGCGAGGAGUGCGGCCAUCGAGCCUCCAGUCGCAACGGCCUGCAGAUGCACAUCAAAGCCAUCCACAGGAACGAGCGUCCCUUCGUGUGCAGCGUCUGCAACCACGCCUUCUCCCAAAAGAACAACCUCAACAUGCACCUGCGCGUGCACAGCGGCGAGCGGCCCUACCAGUGUCACCUGUGCGGCAAAACCUUCCGAACGCAAGCCAGCCUGGACAAACACCACCGCACGCACACGGGCGAGCGUCCCUUCCCGUGCGACGCCUGCGAGCGGCGCUUCUCCGAGAAAGGCGCGCUCCUUCGCCACAAGGCCAGCAAGCACGAGGAGGGUCGGCCUCACUGCUGCCAUAUUUGUAGCAAGACCUUUAAGGCCAAAGAGCAACUGAGCGUUCACCUGCGGCGACAUAAAGGCAUGCGGAAGUUUGAGUGUGGCGACUGCGGAUACAAGUUCACCCGACAGGCACACCUGCGCCGCCACCACCAGAUCCACAAGCGCACGGAGAACUACAACCCGCGCCAGAGGAAGCUGAGGAACGUGGUCGUGGACGAGGAGGAGGACGACGACGCGGGAGCCGACGGCGACUUCGCGGCAGGAACCCCGGCGGUCGUCACGGAAACGCUGGCCCCCUUGCCGACGGCCUCCGGCCUGGACUUGGACUGCGUGGUGAGCGUGGUCAUCGAGUAGACCUGGGGGCUCACACGCCGAGUCAAUGUUGGUAGAAAAAGACGACAUGUGACAAUAAGAUUUACCUUUUCACAAAAACGCCUGCAAAGCUCCACCAAAAAAAACAAAACGCCUGUUGACAAAUAAAGUGCACAUAAAAAAAACAACACAAAAUCAACAUGUGUGACAUCGUUUUUUUUGAAUAAUUCCCACACAAACCCCAAGAAUGUCCAGUUUCCAAGAGUUAGAAUGGCACAGAACAGUCUUCUGAUGGACUAUUUUAAAUAAAAAGGUGAAUACACUGCUCAAUGCUUCUUGCAAACUCAUGCACUUGCUCUCACGGUAAAAAAAAAAAUGAACACAAAAACAACUUCAAAAUAGCAACCUCGCAUUAUGAACGUUCGCGAGCGGCUAAAAGACAUUAGCGGCGUAAACGUUGCCAUGGUAAAGACGAAAGGGCGACAAGAAUGUUUCAAGAAAUGUUCGGAGCGGACGCUAACAUCCCGCUUUGCUUCCACUGGGGGGCCGGCGACUCCUUUGGGGGGUUUUCUAAGCCAGUGUUUUUCAACCACUGUGCCGUGUGAGAUGAUGUCAUUUCCAGAAAUGUCCGAUAAAUGCUUUAAAAUGCCCCAUCUUCUUCCGCUUAUCCGGGGUCGGGUCACGGGGGCAGCAGCCUAAGCAGGGAAGCCCAGACUUUCCUCUCCCCCAGCCGGGAGACAUAGUCUUCCCAACAUGUCCUGGGUUUUCCCCGUGGCCUCCUACCGGUCGGACUUGGCCCAAAACACCUUCCUAAGGAGACGUUCGGGUGGCAUCCUGACCACACGCCCGAACCAGGCAGCUGAGCCGGAAGGCAAAGUUCUCAAUUUACCGGUCGAUCUACGUUCCCAUUGUAUUACAAAAUUAUUAGAAAAGGUAACUUAAUUGAAUGUAAAAAAUUUUACAGAAGCCUUUUUGCUUCUGCCUGUUUCAGUCAUGUUAUUAAUUUUUGAAUCGUGAUCCAUGUUUGAAUGUUUUUGUUAGACUGAAAAUAAACUGAAAACUGAAACAUUCCCAUCCUCACCCGUGGUCAUGCUUUAAAAUGUAAUAUCAGAAAUUAUUGGUUUCAAAAUUAUCGGCAUCUGUUUCAAAAAGUAAAAUUUAUGACUUUUUAAAACCCCGCUGUGUACACGGACGUAGGGAGAAGUACACAGUGCCAAUUAAUCUUAAAGGCCUUUGCAUGCUGGUCCAAUCGCAUAAUAUUCACACACACACACGAGUGAAUGCAAAGCAUACUUGGUCAACAGCCAUCCAUACAGGUCACACUGAAGGUGGCCGUAUAAACGACGCCACACUGUGAACCCAUACCAAACAAGAAUGACAAACACAUUUCGGGAGAACAUCCGCACCGUAACAAAACUGAACAAAUACCCAGAACCCCUUGCAGCACUAACUCUUCCGGGACGCUACAAUAUACAG